AUGGCAAUUCUCGAAGGUCUACCUGGCAUUCAAGUUACGAUCGAGUCGGAUGGCAAAACCUUAGAUGAGUAUCCCGACGACGAAGAUUUCAAAUUCCGAGAGUACACUGCCCCAGAGAAGGCCAUGUCAACCGUCUUUGUACCUUGCGUCUCCGACGCGGCUUUCUCGAUCAGACUUCGUACCACACAGGAAUACGUACCCUCCCUGCCACCUAAUGGUCCUCAUCACGAUGGGCUUUUGUUUCAGUAUAUGUGAAUGGGGAGGGUAUCCGCAGUAAUUCCACUCCAUCAGCCCGUCCUGGUAAUUGGUCUUUUGCAGUCACAGAAGCUUCUCGCUCAGUUGUCAAAAAUACAGUGCUUCGCCAGUCCUUGUCGUUCUCGACUAUCCAGAAGAGUAUGGUUAUCAUGCCCACUCCCCUUGUCCGAUUUUGUACAUGCUCUAACAUAUAUCAGUCGAUGAUGCCAAUGCGGAUCAAAUUGCAUCAGAUAUCAAGAUAACCAACCAGGGAUUGGGCGAAAUCGUUGUUGUGGUUCGGAGAAUCGUCUACAAAGACCAUGUAUUGAAAGUUGCGAGACGUGAUGAGAAGGCAUUCGAAAACGUCUCCCAAGUUUCAGAGAAAGCACUCAAGGGCAAGGCAAUUUCUCACGGCGUCAAGUAAGUGGUUUAAGCAACUCCAGCAAUCUUGCUAAUUUUCUUGUCAGAUUUGGCAAAGGCACCACGGUCCAUCUGCCACGUCUGCGAUCAGGGAAAUCAAGUGAUUAUGUGGAUAGUCGUAGUUCUGCAAUGGCCAUGUUCCGCUUCAAAUAUCGAUCGAGAGGUAGGCUUCUGAACAGAACUUCUACAGUAUAACAAAGGUUGAUAAUUCCACAGAAGCUUUGCAACAAGAAAUGAUUAUCCCCCGAAUUCCUUCCCCAGGACUUGUUUUGGAAGCACUGGGCCAGUCUCAAACGCCGAACGAGUAGCUCGCUUGAAGGUAAGUCAAUCCACUUAUUCUUCGGCUUCUCUGUUAAUUUUCUUCAGCGAGAAAUAGAUCUGAUCAAGGCGGAAGAAGAAAAGGAGAACCGACGACGUGGUCUAAAGCGCCAGUUUAAAGACGACGAUGAUCUCCAGAUCAGCAGAGCAGGCAAAAGUAGGAGCCGAGCAACAGGUGCAAAGGUUGAGAUGAUUGACCUGACGGAUGACUGAGUGCGAGUUCCGCGUUUCUUUUCCCAGCGCCCGUUGAGAUGUUGUUCCGAUUUGCCCUUCUGCGAUACAUUUUGAGAGCCGUGAUGGUGGUUCAGAGCUACCUAUUUCCAUGGCUUUGUUGUUGUUGUUACUUUUUUUUCUCAGCAAUGAUUCUGGCUUGGGUCUUCCCCAAAUUUUAUCGCUGUACUGCACAUAGUUGCUUCUACAUUACGAGACUAAGGCUGUGGCGUUAUGGACGAAAAGGGGUUAUGAUACCCUCUGUGUGCUUGCUUAGCAAUGAUAAC